GCACGGCAAAGGUCACUCAGAGCACAAACCAUAGACAGAGAUCCUCUCUAUAGUGCUGGUAAACCUCUUUUGACCAAAAAAAAGAAAGAAAGAAAAGUGAAGGAAAAACUCUACUACUACUCCCCUCACAUAUUUUGUGCCAAUCACUAACGUGGUUUUCACAUAGCGAGGAGGAGGAGGGAAGGCGGAAGUUAAACAGAUAGCGGCCGUCUCCAUGACACUAGAGGCAGUGGCGAAGCACAACGCGCAUGCGGAUUUUUCCCCUUGAGCCUUUUUUUUUGUCGUGCAGUCAUCCCUAAACCGUAAAGAUUGAGAGUCUUUUCUAUCAUCACUACGGUUACAAUUUUUUAAGGGCUUGACGUCACCAUUCCUGUCUCGUGGUAUUCUGAGAGAGGAAAGCGGAGCGCUGCUGUGGAGUGGAGGCUAAAAAGCGCGAGAGGGCGAGACCGAGAACGCACAGCAGUAUUUGCAAAUGCCUGUUAGUCUGACAUUUCCCUAGAACUUCGGAUUACCAGAUGACUUCACCAAAUAAAGCAAUAGAGUUGCAGCUGCAAAUAAGACAAAAUGCAGAAGAGCUGCAAGAUUUUGUGAAAGACUUAGAAAACUGGGAAAAGGAUAUUAAAGAAAAGGAUUAUGGUUUAAGGGAGCAAAGUGGAAUCCCGGAAAAGGAUUUACCACCAAUUCGAAAUGAAGCUUAUAAGAAAAAGAAAAAAAGCACAGUUAAAGCUACCUCUAAGAAAACUACUGAAGAAAACAAAAAGAACAAGAUAAAAUCUUAUGAUUAUGAGGCAUGGGGGAAGCUUGAUGUGGAUAAGAUACUUGAGGAACUUGAUAAGGAAGAUAGCACCCAUGACUCAGUGUCACCAGAGUCAGAUUCUGAAGAAGAUGGAAUACACAUAGACACAGAAAAAGCUCUUGCUGAGAAAGAAAAGGGUAAUAAUUAUUUUAAAAAAGGAAAUUAUGAUGCUGCAAUAGAAUGUUACACAAAAGGAAUGAAUGCCGAUCCUUACAAUCCUGUUUUGCCUACAAACAGAUCGUCUGCUUUUUUUCGACUGAAAAAGUAUUCUGUGGCUGAAUCUGACUGUAGCUUAGCACUUGCUCUAAACAAAAAUUAUACAAAGGCUUAUACCAGAAGAGGAGCAGCUCGCUUUGCAUUGCAAAAUUUUGAGGGUGCCAAAGAAGAUUAUGAAAAAGCUUUGGAGUUGGAUCCAAACAAUUUUGAAGCAAAAAGUGAACUUAGGAAAAUUGAAAAGGCUUUCACAUCCAAAGAAACUUCCCAACCUGAAGAACCAGAUGUCUUUAAGAAUGUUGAAAUUACAGAACAGAAACAAACUGAGGAGGAGCAGCUAAAGCAAAAGGCUGUGGCAGAAAAAGAUUUGGGUAAUGGAUAUUUCAAAGAAGGGAGAUAUGAACUAGCAAUAGAAUGCUACACACUGGGAAUAGCAGCAGAUGGCACCAAUGCACUUCUUCCAGCAAACAGAGCUAUGGCCUACCUGAAAAUUCAAAAAUAUGAAGAGGCAGAGAAAGAUUGUACUCAAGCUCUUUUACUAGAUUCUUCUUACUCUAAAGCCUAUGCCAGAAGAGGGACUGCUAGAGCUGCACUGGGAAAGCUAAAAGAAGCUAUGCAAGAUUUUGAAAGAGUCUUGAAGCGGGAACCUGGAAAUAAACAAGCAAUAAAUGAAGUAAUGAAACUUAAGAAUGAAUUAAUUGCACAAGGGCUGUGGACAGAUAAAGAGUGCCAUGGACUAUCACAAAAUGAAACAGAAACACAAAAUCAGGUGAAACCCAUUGAUAAACCAUUGCAUCUUAGAUCAACAAAACCCUUGAGAAGAGUAAUCAUUGAAGAGGUGGGUGAUGAGAUUCUGGCUGCAAAUCUGUUGACUACCCCCACUGUAGAGCCUAAUCAGCCUGUUUCUGCAAGUGUAGAAGCAACACGUGCUUUAGCAUCUGCACAGAAUCCAAGCAAGGAUGAUUUGUCUUCUCCAACUGAUACUCCCAAAGCAAAGCUCUUGAAAAUAGAAGAAAUAGGUGAUUCAGUUACCACAGACAAAGAUACUGUGCAAGAGAAACCAUCACCUACACCUCAGUCUUGUACUAUGAAAAAACAAGCUGAGACAGAAAAUCAAACACUUCUUCCUGUAUUUACAUUUCCUGUACCUCCAGUUCCUGUGAAUUCUUUCCAGCUAGAAUCAGAUUUCAGAAAAUUAAAAUGUUACCCAGAUCAGUUAUACACAUACUUGAAGCAAAUUGAUCCUUCACUUUAUCCUAAUCUGUUCCAAAAAUCCUUGGAUCCAGAUGUAUUUAGCCAAAUUCUGAAAAUUCUACAUGAUUUUUAUACUGGGAAAGAAAAGCCUUCACUCAUCUUAGAAAUUCUGCAGAAACUGUCAGAAUCAAAAAGAUUUGAUAUGGCAGUAAUGUUUAUGUCUGAUUCAGAGAGAAAAACCGUUCAUUCGUUAUUUGGUCAUUUGGAACAAUUGGGAUUGAAAGAUUCUACCAUUGAACAGCUCAAGAUAAGAUACAGUAUUUGAGACAAAUAGUUUGGUGUAUCUGCAUAAAUACACAGCUGAUUCAACACCUUUUCUGGAAGACACUUGUUUCAGAUGGUGAAAGACUAUGGCUAGGAGGAUCCAAAGUGCCUUCCACUUGCACAUGAGGGUUGUCUGGCUCCCUAUACCAUAUUGCAUACCUUUCUGACAAGCCCCUACAUGUUCAAAAGCAGUUCUUUUGGUUGGAGAGAGGAAAAGCUCAUUGUCCAUUCACUGUUCCAUGCAUGGUUUAUUGAACUCAAGCCUAUGAAAACAGAUAAAGUAUUUAUGUUGAAAAGUAAUGACAAAGUGUGAUUCUCCAAUCUAGUAGGACAUCUCAUAAGAUUUAGCAUGACUAAAUCGUUUAAACAGGUUUUUCUUUGAUCAUAUUAUAGAAUCAAGGCUGACAAUGAAGAGUUUUAUACAUUAUGUGUUUAUGUGUAUUAAUUUGCUGCUUUAAAAUAAUUCUGUAUUUUUGUUCUUAUAAAUAUACAAAGGUUUAAUUCCACUGUUCUGC